AAUGACAGAGAAAUAAUUUUCCCAAGGAAGUACAGAGUAGAUAAAAGAUAAUAAAAAUAUUGGUAUUGGUGAUAAUGAUUUUUCAUAUUGCAUCUGAAGUGAACAAUAUUUUAUUGACAUCUAUAUACAUAAGGACUGAGAAAGUAUGUUAGAACAAAACUUCAAAAACAUUGAAAAAAUUAGUGCAGUUUCAAGAAAUGCCUCUUUUAUAUGAUUUGUUGUCAUUGUUAGUAUGGGAGGAUGUGUAGGAACACGUAGCAGGGGUGGUGUGGUAGAUGACUCCUCUGGAUCAAUUUCGAGACCAAAUACAGGUAAUACAAGAAAAAAUCAUCCCUUGUGCCAUGAAAUAAUCCGAUGGAAAUCAGAUGUGCCAUUGACUGAAGGACAAUUAAGGAGCAAACGAGAUGAAUUUUGGGACACAGCUCCAGCAUUUGAGGGUCGCAAAGAAAUUUGGGAUGCUCUUAGAGCAGCCACAGUUGCUGCAGAAGCUAAAGACUAUGAGCUAGCACAAGCAAUAUUAGAUGGGGCCAGUAUAUCAGUACCAAAUGGUUACCUAACUGAAUGUUAUGAUGAACUAGGCUCUAGAUAUCAAGUACCAAUUUAUUGCCUUUCUUAUCCACUUAAUAUUGUUAAAGAAGAUAAUGGACGUGACUCUCCUGCUGAAUGUUCAGAACCCAUUGAUGGUGGCACUGAAACUCCUCUUAAACUGAGGUUAUCCCACACAUGUACAGAUGUCAAGUUGUUGGUUUACUCGACAGACACGAUAAGCAGUUGUAAGAAGAAACUUCAGAGUCAGGAGUCAAUAGAUCCUUCUAAACAACGCUGGUUUUAUGGUGGAAAGCUGUUGGGUGAUAAGCUUCGUGUGGAAGAAGCUAAGAUUCCUGUAGGAUAUAUCAUUCAAGUUAUUGUAAAUACAGAAAUUACUACUGAUAAACAAGCGUGACACAUAGUUUCAUAAUGAUAAUUUUGAACUAUGCAUUUACAGGGUUUAUUGAAACAUAUGACAACAUAUUUAUGUUGUUAUUCCAGGUGUUAUUUUAUCAACAAUCGGAUGCAAUGGAAUGUUCAAAAUGUUGGCUACAACUUUUUUCAAAUGAUAAUCAACAGAAAUAAACUUCAAGGUUGUGAAUAUAAUAUUUUGUUAGCAGCACAAAUUACAUCGUAAUAAUUAUCCGAUUAUUUUGAAUGGUUCUUGAAUUUGAAAUUGAUGAGAAACUGUCUCAUUACUGUUCUUUUUUACAAUAUAUUCUAGACUGGAGAACUUGGUUAAAUAUUUUUUGUAGGAAUUUCAUUACAAAAAUAGAAUUUAUGUAUUCAUUUCAUUGGAUAUCUUUCAUCUUUUUAUGGUAUAAUAAUAAUAAAAAGCGUCUAUUCCUGCUCCAAUCAAGUUACAAUCAAUUUCUUUGUUUUAUUGAUAUUUACUUCACUUGUAAUUGAUCUUCAUGAAAAUGUUGGUUAUGAGCAUUUCCAUUACUCUUUUUUUGAAAUAUACACUUUUUCACAUGAAAUUAUAAUGGUUGAUUUAAUUUUGGAAAAUUAAUUAAUAUUUAAUAAAGGAGAGCAGGAUUUCCAGACCUAGCCAGACUGAUCAAUAUCAUACAUUUACCAAUUGAAACAAUUUUUGUAAUUUAUUCAGUUUAACAUUUCAUGAGGUAGAAUUUUGGUUUCAAUAAGAUAUUGAAAUAUAAAGAAACAGGUUAGGGCAAAAUACAAUAUUUUGAAAUGUGUUUUAUGGAAAGAACUGUUGAAUUAAUUUUUCAAUUUUAAAACCAAAUUUCACUUUUAUAAAUCUCAGGUUAAAUGUUUUGGUUGUUAAUUAAUUCUCUGGGAGAAAAUGAAAAUUCAUUUUAUUAUAUUUAUUAUUAUCUUAAAAAUUCAAACUCAAUAUUUUAAACUUUAUGAUUUUUCAUCGAAGUUUAUAGAAGUUACCAUUGAAAACAUUUCAUUCUCUCUCAAUAUAUUCAUUUGUACUGAUUAAAGUAUCUAUAGGUGUUCGCUAAAAAUUACCUGAUAUGAUUUCCAGAGCAAUGUUCAUAUUAUCUAUUCGAAAUAGAAAUGAUAUUUUGAUCUCUGUCUUAUCUAUAUUCAACUUGUGAUAAUAAAAACAAGUUCUGACUUCUGAUUAUUACUAUUAGGAUGUUUGUAUUCAUCAAGCUAUUUCUGAAUGCACAAAUAGAAACUUGAUUCCUUUUCGUAUAACCAUUAUACAAAAAAAAAUUUCCAACAAACUUAAUUUUUGAACAUAUCUGUGUAUUACUGAUUGAAUAUAGUACAUUGUUCCAAUUAUUAUGUGCAAUUUUGAGGGAUAAAUUUGCUUAACAAAAUUUCAUUCACUUCCCAAAUACUUUUACAUUCAUAUUACAAAAGUGAAUUCAUCCCUUGCAAUAUUUUUGUAUAUCUAUCAAUAUACAUGUAUAUUAAACCUAUAUAAUUAUCUAAUAUUGUAAUUCUGACCAUAAGAGUGGAAUGAUAUUAGCACUGAAUACUAAUUAUAUUUUUAUAUAUUUUAAAUCAUGCGAAACAAAAAUAUUUCAUUUAGUUUCACAAAAAAUUAUUUUAUAUUUUAAAAUAGAUUUCUCAAACAAACUUGACUUGUAAGUAUAUUCUAGAGAGAUUAAUAUAAAAGUGUACAAUGCUGCCAUAAAAAGAGAUUUAUGAUACUAUUAUCAACAUACUUCACAAGUUGUUGGAAUUUUUUAAUUAGUCAUUUGAAAAUAUUAUUCUUUUACUAUAGGUUAUUCCAAAAUAUUUAUUUUUUUGUGGGUUCAUUCUCCACAAGGGACCAAUUAAGGGUGGUCUUUUUGACUCAGUGGCAUCUUUUAAUACUGUAACCAUUUCAAUUUCUGUGCGGCAGGAACUAGUGGUUCCCAAUAUAUGUUUGAAAUAACUUAUUGUUUUGACUGAACAAUUGUAAUUCAAUUACUAUUUUGCUUAAUCAUCUCAAUCAAAUUUACCAAGUAAAGAUAAGAUCAAUAUUAGAGGCUACUUAAAACAAACUAAUUUUAACAUUUCCGAAAUGUUUUCUUGAAAUGAGUGGCACAUGGUUUGCAUAUUUGCAACAAAAGUGUGUUUACAGCUGCACUUUGAAAUCAUAGUAAAUAACUCACUUGUUGUCAAGCAUUUAAGUGCUGUGUUUUAUGGUCAAAUUGAAACAAUUGAGAUUUUGUUGAGCACAUUUCAAAGAUUUUUUGAAGUUUGUUAUGCAUUAGUGAUAGAUGAAUGAUUGUUGAAUUUUGAAGUUGGUAAAUAAAGACCCAUAUAAUAUAAA